AUGGAAUGUAUGACUAGUCCAAGCUACUCUCUUUGCAUUAAUGGUGAAACAUGUGGGUUUUUCAAGGGUAAGAGAGGGCUCAGGCAAGGAGACCCUAUCUCUCCCCUGCUGUUUGUAAUUGCUAUGGAUUAUCUUACCAGAUUAAUGAAGAAAAUGGGUAAGAAAGAUGAUUUUGCUUUCCAUCACAGAUGCCAAGGCCUUAGACUAAACCAUCUUAUCUUUGCUGAUGAUUUGAUGAUGUUUAGUAAGGGUAAUGUGCAAUCAGUUGUGCUCAUGGUGAGAACUCUCAAAGCUUUUGCUAAAGUCUCAGGCUUACAUGCUAGUCCUUCCAAGACUGCAAUAUACUUUGGAAAUGUCAAAGAGGACAUUCAGGAUAGGAUUGUACAACUCACAGGGUAUAAAAAAGGUCAAUUUCCUUUUAGAUACCUAGGAGUGCCUAUUACAUCCAAAAGAUUAGCUGUAGCAGAUUGUGAUGUUUUACUUGAUAGGAUUCUCCACAGAGUGUUUAUGCUACCAAAGAGUGUGCUGAGAAGGAUAGUGCAAAUUUAUAGAGCCUUUUUAUGGGAGGGCAAAGUAUUCCUCACUAAAAGUCUUCCAGUUGCUUGGGAGUGGGUGUGUAGGCCCAAAAUAUAUGGAGGUCUUGGAACUCAUGACUGUCUCACAUGGAACACAGCAGCAAUAGGGAAGUAUAUUUGGGAGAUUUCUCAAAAAGAAGAUGUCCUUUGGAUCAAGUGGGUGCAUAGUGUGUAUAUCAAAGGAGCUAACUGGUGGGAGUAUCAGGCUCCUACAGCUGCAAGUUGGGUGUGGAAGGUGAUUUGUAGAAUCAAGGAGGUCUUCAAGAGAGCUUAUGUGAACAACAAAUGGCUAAACUCAGAUAAAAACUACACUAUUACGCUGGGUUAUGAAUGGCUAAAAGGUCCACAAAUGAAGGUGGGAUGGCAUAAUUGGGUACAAAGUUAUGAUGAUAACUUUGAAAUUGGUUUGACUCAACCUGAAGAGUCUAAUCAUUAUGAUGUUGAACUAACCCCUAAAGGAAAAAAGAAGAAGCAAGUUCCUGACCUAGAAAACCUUGGCCUCAUCCUUAGGAGGAACAAGCAACGACAUAAGGAGCUCAAGAAGAUGAAGGAACUCGUGAACAUGAGGAAGAUCAAAUGA